CACAUGCUCUCGUGUUGCCUUGCUCCUCACCAUUCACGCAUCCCUCGCAUAGAUCAUGCGGCCAUAUCGAGUCGCUCCGCGAGGUCGCUUCUGAAUGCGCCACAGGCUCGACCCCUCAAGACAAGCUCACUCUCCCGUGCGUGCUCCCUUCUCUGGAGUUUGCCCCUCGUGCGCCGGCCCCUCUCAAGAUGCCGGUCGAGGCAGGGCCGUCGAGGAUCGCGAUAAAUUCCGCCUCAUCCACAGAUGCCCUCGAACGGCCCAUUAGCUUCCGCGAGCUCCACGACCACUUGGAGUUGUCCGCGCAGCGCCUCUCUCCUGAGCAACUCGCCCAAGCACUGCGAGUUCGGGCGCCUCAACUCAAGUCAUGCGGUCGCCCUUUCACCCAGCCAUCGCGCCUCGAACAUGAACUCACUGACUCAUCUAAGGCGCUCGACCUGUGGAAUGGAAGGUCCGCCGAGGUCAGAGCAGAGGUCAGACUCCUCGUGAACGACUUUAGCAAACUACAUGCAAUCGACGCGACCGACGCAGCGCCCCUGGUAUGGCUAUAUUUGGAGAGCGAAGAGUCUUCGCUGGAGGAUCUCGUCAAAUCGCCUUCGGCAGGCGCUCAGAAUUCUCAAGGAUCAUAUGCUGCUCAGCAACGCACGAAGCACCAAGAUGAGCUCCGCCUCGUCCUCGUUGCGGGCUUGACCGCGUUCUAUUUUGAAGAGCGCCUUUGCAUCUUACGGAUCAUUCCUAUCCUGCUCCGGAUCGCCGACGACCCUUCGCAUCAGCACCACGAUCUGGUCAGCGACCUAGUACAAGAAAUAGCGACGCCGGAGCUCGCUCUGCACAUUCUCAGCUCCUUCGAUGAAAACGCGCAGCGACCACUGCCGGAGUCAGUUCGGGGAGCGAGAGGAGAUGAAGCUGCAUGGGUCAAGCAGCGACUAAGGGAGCAACUUGGGUUACUCGAAUCUCUCUUCUUUCUAUACUACUUGCGCCUUGCAUCCACAGCGGCGGCCGUCCUCAGGAUUCUAGAUACGGUGCGAACUACGAGUGCUGGUCGCAUACUAGUUGGGCUCGAGCAUCUGGACAAGGAGGGGACAGAAAUUCACGCCGCGGUCUCUCAUCUCUUGAUCCUAGUGGCGGUCGAGAGCCUCAAUUUGGAGUCUCACAUGAACGGCGAGGUCUCUCUGGAGGAUGUGAGAGCCAUCGACGUGGAGCGAGGUUCCAACUGGGUAGAUGAGCGCUCUCUGCUCGCAUCUCCGAAAGACGUGCACAAGGUCAUCGACACCCUCGAGCUGCUUGCCGAUGAGCCAUGCUUCUCUCCCUUGCUGCUCGCAUGGUCCCUCGUCCUUCAGAAGGUAGAGGCGAAAUUUGAGCAGUGGUUCCACGUCAGACCACAUGAUCGAUUACCGCCACACUUGCAGAGGCUUCAGGACGAGAUUGCCCCUCCUGACACAGGCGACACUAGCUUGUGGCAAAGGCUGGCAUCUGUCGCUCUCAGUCCUGCUUCAGGUCUCUUCUCCGAAAUGCACGCCAUCGUCACCUCUGCUCUGAUCACUACGGCGAGCUCAAAGAGCGCUGCCACCGUACUAGCAAUACCAGCAUCAGCUUCUUUGGCACAUCGAGCCGUGUUCAAAGGUCUCUUGCUCAGCGUCACCGAGCUUGUGCGCGCUCCAUUCAUUGAAGAUUUGGAUGGGCUCAUCGGCCUUUGGGAGACCACGUUUGGAUCCGGUGCGAUCGCGGAGGAGAGCGCAGAGUCCAUGCCAGGGAUUGCCAGCUUGUGCGAUCAGUUCUGGUCGGAAGACUUUAAUCACGAAGACAGGAGAGCGUUGCUGGAACUCGCGGUCCGCCGAUGGCCAGUCAGCUUCCGGCCUCUGGUGCGCCUGGCGACCGCUCUGACGGGUGCAUGUUCAAUUCAGGCCAUUCCGACAUUCGUUGAUUCCUCGAGGGACACGUCGGAGCGAUGUAUUCUCGCAGUGUAUCGUUUUCUGGCGAGCCUGCCAAGCGUUGCUCAAGCUUUGCCGCGAAUGGGAGUGAGCGCGCCCUAUGAGCUCAUCAGCACCUCCGUCCCGGAUGCAGCGGCUUACCGAACGACGCGCCUGAUGCCUUUCUUUGGUUGGAAGAGCAUCAGGCCUAGCACGGUUGGCACGGUCGUCUCAGAUGCUGGCACUGACGUGGUCGUCGUCUGGGAAUCCGCAGAUCCUAUCAGCGCCUGGCUGAUUCUUGCAGAUUGCCUGGCCAGCUUUGCCGGCCUGCUUGCAGCUCCAACCAAGUCUUCGAAUCAGACGAAGAGGUCACAGGCCGUCGACGACGUGUUCACUAUAGACGAAACCUCGCCGGCGCUCGACUUCGACGCGCUAGCGCCAGGUGAAGACGCUGCCUCGCGCGCGGAAUGUGUCGCCGACGUCCUCGACUUGUUUGCCGCUGUCUUCUCUGGCUGCGAGACCAUUCGAGAAGAGCUUUUGCAACACCUCGAGCAGGGCCAAUCCGACGAUGGGCUUGCCUCUGAUCAUCGUGCGCCUUUCGUCGACCUGAUGCAGGUCACCCUGCGUAUCUUAGAACAAGCCGUCGCGCAACGCCCGAUCAUCUCGCGCGUCGUGGUCAGCGCUCUGAAGCUUCUGACGCUUCUCAUACCUUCUCGCGCUGCAGAUGUCUUCGUCGCUCUACGCUCGUCGAAUCUCUUGACCGGCUCACCCGGCUUCUUACCCGCGCAGUAUCAAAAUGGCAUCACCACGGAUCUUGGCACGUCAGGCGUCCCGCCCUCCAGAAUCCUGCAAGAAGAAAGUUCGCGGGGCCAAUACCCUGCACUAAUUGCUCUCCUCGACUUGCACGCCGGCCUGCUGAUCGAAAUGCAGCGCUCUCAAUUCUCCAGCACCCCUGAACUGAUGCAGGUCAAGAGCGAGGUCCUUCUCAGAGCUACGGCUUGGAUGCUGGAAAGCAUUUGGGUUGAAUAUCAAACUCUGCCUUUUGCCUCGGCGAGGACUCAAGUAGAAGUCGGUCAUCGCAUCACACAUUUCCUCCGAAGCGCCCUCAAUGAUGUUGCAAUGAGCCCUCUGACAAUCGGGAACAGCUCAGCCAGCGCUUUAUGCGGCGCACUGGAGCGUGCGCUCGUGCUCGGUGUCAACAAGGCGCUGGUUGCACCCAUUGCUACUGUAUUGGGUGGCGGAGAUCAGCUACUACAGGGUCUGUAUGCUUCAGGACGUUAUCACGAGGCUGAAGGGGCACUGCGCCUGGUCGAGUCUGUGCUCCAAUUGACGCACAUCAUUGUGCAUCGCAAGAGGCAAAUUCAAGCUUUCGGCAAAGCCGAAGUGUAUGGAAACCAAGGCGUACGUCUCGGCAUAGUCGAAUCCCUCUUCUAUGAGCACACGCCCGUCGCGUGGCGAGGUCGUACCAGCCGAGCAACGCAGGCUGGCGUGGAGCUCGCUGCAGCUGUACUCAGCUAUGCGCUCUUCUCAAGUAUACCAAGCUUGAGCAUCAAAGGGGCUCAGCUGAUCACUGCUCUGUGCGGGUCUUCCAAGGAUGUGGUGUCAUCACAGGAAUCGAGCAAGCGGCAUCAACACGUGCCUUCACUCAGUGCGCAUUUCGGCUCACCAAAGGAGAUCGAGUUGACUUUGGGGAGACUUCGCGAUUUAGUGGCAAGCGAAGCAGUAGAUCCUGAUCUGCGCUCAGCAAUUUGGACGAUGCUGGCGUCCUUUAUCGACUCGCAGCCUGCUUUGGCGCAGCUUAUUCUCAGCGGGCAUGCCUUGCAGGGGUCGAGAGGCCAAGCUUUUAGCACAUUGCAAAGUAGCGACACGGACCGACAAGCCACAGAAGGAUCAGGAAAAGGGAGCAUCUUGCUAGUAGCUCAAGAUAUCUUGAUCAAGAAGACGGCUCCUGUGGAGACCCAACCAGCCCUUCUCGAGUCCAUCUUGCGCUUUGCACACCACGCGUGGUCGCAUGCAAUGGAGCAUCCUCAUGUCUUUGACAAGAUCCGAUCCAGUAAAGACUUGUGGACGGCACUGGUUGCACUCAUCUCCGAUCACAUUAUCGAAGCUCCUCCUUUGCCAGACUCGUGUUCGAGGAACAACAAUUACUAUCGGACUGAAGCCGAUGAGGAUGUAAACACGUAUGGUCGACAGCAGAUGUGCAUAGCCCGGGCACUUAGCCUGCUGUGCGAAGAUAUGCAGCUGACGGUCCAGCUCGCGCUAUUCUUCAAGCGAAGUCACGAAGCUGGAAAGUCGCCGAGCAGAGCCAGCGAACAAGUCUUCUUGGAGUUGUUCGAAAAGCCGAAGCACCUGAUCGACAUAUUGUUGCACGCUGUCAAAGUGCAGUGCGACACAUCUGAGCACGGUCUAGUCGAGCAAGACCACUUGUACCAGACCCUGCCUGCCAUCAAGCUCUCCACCAUGCGUCGUCCGGCUCGCUUGGACGAUUUCGACGAGUCACGACCAUUUGGGGACACCUACGUGUAUGAUGCGCUGAACCUCUGUGACAAGUUGGAAGGCAUCGUGACCACGGAUAAAGUUGCGAAUGAAGAUGAGAGCGUCACCUCUGAUGGCUUGCCAGCCGGUUGGCAAACGGACGCCUUCCUGGCUUUAGCUCGCAUCAACGCAGACUGGAGCCUCAUCGACUCCCAGGUUGCAGUGCUGCGAGGGUGGACUUCACUUCUACGCUUGAGCGUAGGCCAAGUCGGCUCAGAAAUCUUGAAAUCCGCACGAGCUCGCGAAUUACAGCAGAACCUGCUGUCAGCGUGGAUACGGUGUGCAACUAUCACUGCAGAAGAGGAUCGCAGCGCCGCCGCUCUGCGCGGUGUUCACAGCCACAGGGUUGCUUUCCUUGCGGGUCUCUUGCAGGUAGCAUGGGGCCUAAAAUCUGGCACUAUCGAUCGGGAAAAGUCAUCAGGUCAAGUCGGGUCUCCCGCAGAUGUGGUCAAGGUCUCGCAGCUGGCAUGCCAAGUUCUUACUAGCGAGGCUUUCAAAGUGGAGGACAGCGUGGCAGGCAUGUUCGCUACGCCCUUUCACCAAGAUGUUUUCACCAUCGUUCUCAUCUGCACGGUCCAAUUUAGACAGCUGCUCAAUGCUCCGGCAAUGGGCGCGGAAGCUGGCAAACGUGCUUCGUUGCGCCGUUCUCGAGGAAGAAGCGCAGCCUUCGACGACAUUGACGAGCAGGACGCUCCACGAUUGGUGCAGACGCACCUGCAUCGUGUUGUCGACGUCUUCGCCACGCACACCAUUCUGGCGCUGCGCAUCGCUGCCGAUCGCGGCAUUGCGCUUCAUUCGGCGGACUCUGACUUGUUGCUAGACAGCGUGGAGACCGAUGUGAGCAUCAUUAGCACCACACUCUCACUGCUUCUUCGUGACGACUUUACAAUUGAGCCUCAGUUCUGGUCGCUCCACUUCCAAUCUACCGGCCUGCUCACAAGCUGCUGCGACCUGCUCAGGCGAGCUCACUGGCGAUCGAUUUCAAAUGACGAAAUCGAGGCCGAGGAGACUAGCCAUAUUUCUCCCGAGGUGCGAUUCAUGCCCUCCCUCCUUCAGUUCUUUGCCACCCUCGCACUGCGCAUGACGGGGGCUGAGACUCUGGCUCUGGGAGGCGUCAUGGCAGCGCUGAGCUCAAAUGCGCUGUCUGCACAGCUCGAACGUGGCAGCGUCCGCCCUCUAUCUUUCCCACACGCUCAUAAUCCAGCGCAUGUAGUGUGGUUGGAGAUGCUCCGGCUAGUGUCAGGUCUGGCAAGAAGCCUUGCCGGCACAUCAGACGACGACAGUACCUGGGACGACGCGAGCCUGCAUUUCGUUGCAAACGAGGUGGAGCCUUUUGUGCGGAUUUACGGCCGUCAGGUGCUUUCGACCUUGGCCUUCAAGCCUUUGACUGCAGCCUCGGGCUUCGCCUCAACUCACACUGCGCUCCAAGAUGGUGGUGACGGAGUUAGCAUACCGCUCAUCGAAGAAGUUGAGGCGACUGUGCAGCUUUUCUUCGUCAUCGUCUCAGCCCACAAUGCAGCACGGCAUCGGAGGCGAGGCAUGUCACCCCACGAGUCGAGCUCAGCGCAUUUAGUCGCUGUCCUUGCAAACGCCACGGGGGGUCUGUUACAACAAGUGGUCUACCUGCUACAGCAUCCUAAAGAGACGCUCAGCCUUGUGCAAGGCAGUCAACCCGCCACCAAUGACCAAGGAGAGACGCAAAGUCAACCAUUGUCCGGCUCUCGGAACACAAGGUCUGAGCAGAUUUCGAAUUACGUCUCGCAAUUGCUCGAGAGCAUUGCUACCUCGGCUGUCGCAGCUCUGGUGUCGUGGAGUCGUGCGAUGUCCACACUUGUCGGAUCGCAGCAGCCCUUGCUGAUGUCGGACACUUCUGUCAUUGCAAUGAACUCCCGCACGGCACCUGCAGCGCCCACCUCGAUCGGCACGCUGAUCGACCUGGCGUCGUUCUUGACGGACAAGUUGCGUUCCACCAAAGCGCUCGAAAAGGAGCGGGUCGUGCAUUUGAGCACCGCUCUCGAGCAGACUUUGACGCUGGCAGCUGCUCAGCUGGUGGAAGCCAACCAGCGCGAAGCUUCGCGCGCUUCAGACCCAGGCGAUGCGGCUGGCCCAGUCAAGCGGGAUCUCACGCUUACCAGGGGCGUGCAGAGCGCAAUCGAGACAAGCAGGGGCGUCCUUGCCGAGAAGGGUUCAGGAGAGAAUAGAGGCACUGACCUGGUGGAUCUGCUGAGACUAUCCCUGCAGCGAGCGUGCUGAAACCGCCCCUUUUUUGUCCCACAUCGCACGGCAACCUGUAGCUUCCACCGCAGCGCGUUCGCAACCGAUAUAUUGUACACUCCCGGCCGUCUUG